CCGAGAUACUUAUUCGUGGCUAUACCUAUCGUCCCCAAUAGACGCCAUAUUUCAGUUUCUCUUCAGCAUUUCACAAAGUGAAAUAGGUGAGGCUAUCACUUACUUUUGCGACGAGGCGGAUUUGACAGAAUAAUCAGGGUGCUCGAUGGUGAACUUAGUCGACCUCCCCACUGAGCUGCUGCACACAAUAUUUUCCAAUAUUCAUGGCGAAAAUGUCACGCUCAAUAACAUCUGCCUUGUUGGCAAUCGCACUCUUCUCGCAAUUGCGCGUCCUUUGACGUUUCGAGAGAUAAACAUUGCGCUUUCCUUACCCCUUACCGAAAGCCACAGAUUUUACUCUAAAUUUCGCUCCGUCUAUUCCAAUAAAAACCGCCGUGACUCGGUCAAGUCUAUCUCUUUUCGCUGCAGUGGCUUCCCAGACAUCAAAAUGUCCGAAAUCUUAGUCAAGCAGCUCCCUCGUUUCGCCGGUGUCACUCAUGCAUCAGUAGAAUGCGAAUACGACCACCUCAAUGAUGACGGCACAUGUUUAUCCACUAUCCUCAUCCCGAUCAUCUUCAAAAUGCCAGCGCUCGAAAGUUUUUCUAUCUCAGCGUGUGGGCUGGACGAUAAUGCCUUCUCUUUGGACUACUCGCGGCCGUUUCUAAAGCACGUCAGGUUUGACUGUGUCUGCAGUGGCCCCAUCUUGGAAUAUGCGCAUGUUGAAGGUGUGCAGAUCAUCGAGGCAAGAGGAGACUACGAAGAUUAUACGAUCAUGCAGACCUUGGAUGGAAUCUCCUCCCUUUCAGAACCACAGCAACAUCUCUUGAAUCAUCUUGAUCUUCGAUCUACCCCAGAUCCCUCAGAUCAACUUGGUAUCGACAUGGCUCAGUGGUUCGCGGAGCUUCCUGCAGGAUCGUUCCCCAAUCUGGAAGUACUCGUCAUAUUGAUUCCCAUAUACCACAUGUUUCUUGGUGCCAUCCUUGAGAAUCUUUCCGUAGGUAAGCUUAAAAAGCUGUGCAUUGGACGUGUUAGUGUCUGGGACACAAUAAGAUAUGUCCCAACUCUUCCUCCCAUGGAUGAUUUUACUUCCCUAGAGGAGACUUUACUGCUGUACAAUGGCUACGAGGACUCCGUGAUAUCGAACCUUACAAAAGCACCUCGUCUUACCCACAUCCAUUUUUUUGGCGACAUCGAUGCCGAUUAUAUGGGGAAGGCGAGGACAUACGGAGAGCUCGUGGAGACUCUGCGUACGGUUUCGUGGGUUAAUCGGGCAACCAUAGGCUUGGAACGAGAUGACAAGGGAGACAUUGUCCAUACGGAAGCUAGGGAUUAUGAGGAACCAGCUUGGUUUGAGUUUGGGACUGCAGCUGAUGGAUGGCGAGGGAAGGAUUAGGUCGUCAUCUGGUCUUACGAUGCAACAGAUCGUUGCAUCACCACUUUCGUUGCGUAGAACAUCUUGCAGCUUAUGUAUCAUCUUAGCAUUAUUUCUCGACGUCAGAUCUUUUAGAACCAACAGCCGAGCAGUCUGGGGGAUGUAUUGGACCCCUUGAAGUUGUCGUAUGCCGUGUUAAUCUGAAAAUUUUCAUGUAUAGCAAGGCGAAAGA